AUGGUGGAAAGAGCUAAAGUAUUAGAGAAGAAUGUGGCAGAAGUGGAACAACAGAAGAAGCAACAACAACAAGCAGUAAGAGGACCCAUAUCUUCAAGGAACAAUAUUAAUCUAAAGAGGACGUCGUACGCUCGUCCAACAUUGCCUUCAAAUGCUGGUGGGUCUUACACUCAAUCAGUGAGUGUUGUCGGACAGUUUGGGCAGCAGGGAAUAGUGAAGUGUUUUCAGUGUGGGGGACCCCACUAUCGAUCGUCGUGUCCUCAAUUGAUAGGAGCAAAAUAUUGCACUCGCUGCAGGAGAAGCGGACAUGUGGAGAACGAGUGCAACGUGGGAGGACGACCGGUGAUGAGGCCACCAAAUGCUGGAAGAGGUCAACAAGGGAGAGGUGGCCGAGCGCAAGCGGCUGGUCGGGCGUGCGUUGAGAAACUGGGUUUAGCUGAGAGCGAGAUGCAGUUUGACUUGGUGGUGUCAACCCUAGCGGCUGGUGAGGUUAGGACAUCUACAAUGUGCAUUAGAUGUCCUAUCGAGGUGGAAGGGCGUAGAUAUAAGGUGAACCUCAUCUGCUUACCUCUAAAAGAGUUAGAGGUGAUUUUAGGAAUGGAUUGGUUGGCUGCCAAUCACAUUCUCAUAGACUGUGGUGCUAAGAAGUUGGUAUUUCCGGAUGAAGAAGAAGAAGAGUUAUUUGUGACGCUCGGUCAGCUGAAGGAGGACAUCAUGGAGGGCGCUAGUUGUUUUCUGAUCAUGACGCACACGGAUGAAGAGUUUGAAGAUUUAAGUCAUGAACGAUCGUCCAGUAGCAAGCCGAGUGGAGGACGAUCGGUUGUGGAUGAAUUCCCGGACGUCUUUCCGGAUGAAGUACCCGGACUACCUCCUCCUCGCGAGGUAGAAUUCACAAUUGAUUUGGUGUCGACAGCAGGGCCCAUUUCUAUUGCACCCUAUCGGAUGUCACCAGCAGAGUUGGUCGAACUCAAGAAGCAAAUUGAAGAUCUAAUGGAUAAGAAAUUCAUCAGGCCGAGCGCAUCACCUUGGGGAGCGCCUGUUCUCUUAGUGAAGAAGAAGGUUGACAGCUCUCGGCUUUGUAUUGACUACAGACAGUUAAACAAGCUGACCAUCAAGAACAAGUAUCCCCUGCCUAGGAUUGACGAUCUGUUGGAUCAAUUACAUGGGGCUACCAUAUUUUCAAAGAUUGAUUUGAGGUCUGGGUAUCAUCAGAUUCGAGUUAAGGAAGGGGACGUUCAGAAGACUGCCUUCAGGUCUCGUUACGGACACUACGAGUAUGUAGUGAUGUCGUUCAGUGUCACUAACGCACCAGCGAUAUUCAUGGACUACAUGAAUCGCAUCUUUAGGCCGUACCUGGACAAGUUCGUGGUCGUCUUCAUUGAUGAUAUCCUCAUCUACUCCAAGAGCUGUGAAGAACAUGAAGAACACUUAAGGAUGGUACUAGGCGUAUUGAGGGAAAAAGAGUUGUACGCCAAGUUAUCCAAGUGUAAGUUUUGGAUGAAGGAAGUGCAGUUCUUGGGGCACGUAGUCUCUGCUGGAGGUAUCUCAGUGGAUCCGGCCAAGGUACGAGCGAUGUUAGAAUGGGAGAGUCCGCGUUCGGUCACUGAAGUCCGAAGUUUCGUGGGGCUGGUGGGCUACUAUAGGCACUUUAUUGAAGGAUUCUCUAAGAUAGUAGCUCCGUUGACUCAGCUGACCAGAAAAGAUCACCCGUUCGCGUGGACCGAUCGGUGUGAAUCGAGUUUCCAAGAACUGAAGCAGAAGUUGACGAGCGCUCCAGUCUUCGUUAUUCCUGACAUGGCCAAACCGUUCGAAGUGUAUUGUGAUGCCUCUCAUCAAGGUUUGGGCUGUGUACUUAUGCAAGAAAGAAGGGCGGUCGCGUACGCUUCUCGACAACUGAAGAUCCACGAGAAGAACUAUCCAACGCACGACUUGGAAUUGGCAACUGUGGUCUGCGCAUUGAAGAUUUGGAGACGCUACUUGUAUGGAUCUACAUUCCAAGUCUUUAGUGAUCACAAGAGGAAGGCGAACGUUGUAGCGGACGCUUUGAGCAGAAAGGUAGUUCAUGUCUCGUCCAUGAUGGUCAGAGAAUUAAGCUUGGUGGAGAGUUUUAGAGAUCUAAGGUUGCAGUUCGACUUGGAACCGAACAUAAUCAGAUGCUGUAACCUUAGAAUAUCCAGUAACGUCUUUGACCGAAUCAGAGAGAAGUAG